UCUUAACUUCCUUUUUCUUCCUCUUGUAGCCUUAGAAAGACAUCAUACAACAACGCUCUUCUCCAUUCACAGUCCUCUCUCUCUCUCUCUCUCUGUCUCUCACUUCACUCUUUCAUGACUCACCCACUAGCCAUGAAAACCCCCUAACGGAUCUUCGUCUCAGAGAAACAAAUUAGCCUCUGAAACUAAGCAGAAGAAGAGACCUCUGUAAUGGGGUGCUUUCUGGCUUGUUUUGGUUCCUCCAAGAACAAGGAUCGAAAGCGCCGCCGUAAACACAAAGUCUUACCUGGAGAUCAGAGACAUGGAAGCUGUGAUCCACCGAAACCAACACCCUCUUUGAACCAAGAAAGCAAGGAAACAUCCAUUGGCUUGAUUUCAGAACAGAGGGAUAAGCCUGAGGAGCAAUUGAGCCUCAGCGCCAGAAAAAAGGUCACUUUCGAUCUGAAUGUGAAGACCUAUGAGCACGUACCAGAGCCAGAAGCCGCAAAUCAUACAUCGGAGAACGAGGAAGAGAAAGAAAGGGGAAAGGAAGAAGAAAAAUCAGCAAAAACAUGCGAAUCCCUUUCGGUCUCUGAGGAUGAUUCUGUCACAUCGAGCUUGGGAUCUUAUCCCCCGAACCACAGAUACCAAAAUUGCAGAGACAGCGACGAUGAAGAUGGAGGAAUAGAUGAUGGAAGCGAUCUGGAGGAUGACGAUGAUGAGGACGACGAUGAGGACUUUGAUGAUGAAGAUGUUGAACCAACAGAAUUCAAAGAAGAGUCUUCGGAGUCGUUUUUCUCUUUACCAGCGGAAUCACGGACGCAGACUUGUGCGACUCCACCGAAUGAGAAGGAAGUUAACAGCUCCAUGAAAACCAGUGAUUCACCUGAACAGGAACUGAAGACAACACUACCUUUGAAUCAGAAUGCUCGAGAUAGAAGUAAAUACAUUCAUUCAGUGUUGAACCCAGUUGAGAAUCUCUCACAAUGGAAAGCUGUCAAGGCGAGACCAAGAGCAGCAACACCACCAUCAAAGAAUCAGAAGGAGAACACCAAAUUUGAGGAAGAACCACAAAUCCCCUUUAGUUCAGAGCCAACUUUCAAGCUAUCACCUUUGAAAUCCAACCAAAGCUUCAGUCACUCUAGGCCUGCAAGAGAAGAAAUCUCAGUUGAUGCCAGCCUUUCAAACUGGUUGGUGUCUACUGAAACCAAACCAAACACACAAACUAGCUCAUUCACUUUUGUCAAUGAGUCAACAGAGAAAAGCAGAUCACAGAGAUCGAAUUCGCCAAUUAGUCCAGAAGAUCGACCAAUUUUAGGCGCAUUAACAGUGGAAGAGCUGAAACAGUUCUCAGCAUCUACAUCUCCAAGAAAGUCACCAAGCCGGAGCCCUGAAGAAAUACCAAUUAUAGGUACUGUGGGGAGUUACUGGAGUCACACAGGUCAGGCCACAGAUUCAAGCUCUGGUUCUUCAUGUAAGGGAGGAAUACCUAAUACAACCAGCAAAUACAGAGAGGAUAAGAGAGUGAAUUGGCAUUCUACUCCAUUUGAGAGAAGGCUGGAGAGAGCUUUAGAAAGAGGCUCUGCUGAAGCUUACACCAGUAAAUUUUAGAUAAGAGGCUGAGAUUAUGGGUCUGGGAGUGGUUGCAUUUCAAAUUGUGUGAUUUCGAGGUCAUUAUUGAUUCCCUUUUCUAUGUGGUUUCAAGUUUACUGAUACUCGUGUAUGUAGUGUGUCCAUGAGUCAUCACAGAUUCAAUGCUGUUGUUUGUACUGCUAAGGAAGUGCUUCUGUUGUUAAUUACUGCUGUUUUAAAGAGAUUGGAAAUGAAAAUAACAAAUACUUUAAUAGUCUUUAA